CGUUUCAUGACUGCGGUGGUUCUUUUUGAGCUACAAAACUAGGCAAUUGGAAUCUUGAAUAAGAUACGAGUUACACAAUUAUUUUAUCAAGCGCCCGAGCGUUUCAGAUUUAUGCAACUUUACCAAAAUGAUCGGACUGAUGUUUUUGUUUGCCGUAGUAUCACAAGUGUACGCAAAGUUCGACCCUAUAGCAUUCACGGUAUAUCAAGCGAGUGGGAAUUUCCCAGGCAACGCAACAAUAACAUACCCACACAACAUUACCAUUCACAGCUCCGCCACAAACGUUCUCAAUGGUAUAUUUACUAGUACGAGGGACGGAAUUUACAAAUUCAGUGUAUUUGGGUGCAGCAGGACAGACGGGCAUUUUAUACUGGACUUGAUAAAAAACACUACAUCUCUGGCAACUCUGUACGGACAUGUAAACAGUGGUCAUGCCGUUGCUGCCAAUUCUGUAAUAGUUCACCUUAAAGUGGGUGACACUGUUAAGGUGAAAUCUAAAGAUGCAUCCCCGGUUUCGUUGUACAGUAGUGACUUUAAAGAAAACACAUUUACAGGCGUGCAACUUGGAUCUCAGUCACUGUAUUCUAGAGAGCACGCCGCUGUCAUCGCAUUCUCAGUAACUGCAAAUCACCAUCAAAACGUAAUUGGAGACGCUAUUGUCCAAUACCACACCAAACUUGUUGACGAUGCCGGUGAUUUGGACCUAACUUCUGGGAUAUACAUGGCUCGCUCUAGUGGAUACUACGUGCUUUACUUCUCAAGCACAUCGAUGCAAAACGAAGAGCUGUGGUUAGAUCUGUGGGCAACCAAAGAUCACGUGGAAAGGUAUAUCUGCUCAAUUUAUGCCCAUGUUGAUUUCGAAUGGGCCAGUGCCGGUAACACGGUGAUCGUACAUUUGUCAUCAGGCGAACAGGUCGCGGUAUUUUCCCGACCUGGUCAUGUUAGCCGAUUGUUUGGAUCAUAUGACUACCAGUUCACUUCAUUUGGUGGAUCACAGAUCAUUUCGGAUGAGGAAUUAAGAAAUCCGGACGCAGAACCAGUGGUUGUUUUUUCUGUGGGACUCAGCAAGAAUGCUACCGUUUUGAUAGGACAAAACGUCAUAUUCAAUAAAAUAUUUGUCGAUCUGAAAAAAGCUUACAACAACAAUACUGGUGUAUUUGUUGUACCGGUGACUGGCAUUUAUGAGUUCCACUACCACUGUCUGUCUAGAGCAAAUAGCGCUAUGACCCUCGCAUUGUAUAGAGGAAACAGUGUUGUCAAUGGAUUCCUCAACAUUCUCAACGCAGUGCAUGCCUUCUCUGCUGGCAACGCGGCCGUUCUGGAACUCAAGGGUGGAGAAACUAUUUCACUAAGGGCAUAUGUUCAUCACAACCUCAACCUUAUUGGUGCUUCAGACGAGGUCUAUUGCACCUUCUCCGGUUACAUGCUGCAUUCGACAGGCCCAAUCGUUAUUGGCUAAAUACCCAUUAUCAUUCAUCCUACGGUUAAAUAAAUGGUGGCGGCAAUAUCAA